AUGGUGACGCAAAAACAGAGUUUUCCUUCUUUUGCCAGUGUUCUUUCUCUUUUCUCUAUUGUAUUUUACUGUGCCGGGUUUUUGAGAGUGGAAUUAGAGUUAAAUGAGCAGAAGAAAAGAAUUAACGCACUUGAGAACAAUGGGCAGACUGAGCAGCGGCCAUCAUUCAAACCAAGCCUUGUGGAUUUACCCAAGACAAGUUCUCUCGGUAAGUUUGUUGAUCUCAAGUGCUGUUUAUCUGUUUACUGUUUAACUUAACUAGUAUAUAGCUAUACGGUCGCUACGGUACUGUCAGUCACUUUUUCCAAAACAUAUUAUAGAGCUCAUACAUCAUAACUAUAGUAGAUCAUAGUACAUUUUACUCGCAUUUUAUUUUGCUCGUUUCCAGGGCGCUUUUUUUUUGAAGUGUGUACGCUUGAGGGGUGCUCUCGUUCAAUUUUUGGGUGGGUGUGUGCCGUUGAACUGCAAAUUCUCUGUCCUACUUUAGACCUUUCACAAAAACCUUACUCUAUCCAGUGCCAACCAACAACCAGCUGUAAGCUGGAAACUCCAAUCUUCACUGAACAGUGUUCACUUCCCAAAGAUAUGAUGUCCUAUUCUUAACUAAAAUCCCGGAUUUCUACCAAGACUAAACGGCAUGAAAACCGUUACCUUUCGUACAGCGGUACAUACCUAAUAUGCUUCCUCACCCGGGUGUCAACGGACCGUGAUGCGGCCUCAUUUAGCGCUAAGGUUUAUUUUUCUUGCUGCAUAAAACGACACAAACGGUUAUCGACUCAAUAUAUAGGGAACUCUUUUUUUGAAAGCAUACGACGAUUUUCUUAGAAACACAGUUGAACCAUGAUCUCGCUUUCCCUUCACGGAAAAGACCUCUCGGGAUUCGUAGAUGCAAUCUCAUGUGACAGGUUCACUGGACCUGUAAUUUCACUACUCUUAGUUAUAUCAAGAAAUGCAUUACUUUUUGUAUUAUUUUGCUCCUAAUAUUUUUGCGCUUAGGAAUUUUCCGGAUUGAUUUAGCAAGCUUGUGCAUCGCUUAGGAAUGAUAGUACGUGUGCCCGCAAACCUACAUAUUAUUGCCUAAAUGCCGUAGCGGAUAUUAGCUUUUUGUACAUGUGGUUUUUUCUUUUCGGUAGAUCGUUUUAAUCAGUUAAUUGACCUUAUCUUUUUAAGUUAGUGGGAUCAAAUAAAUUGCUUUGGAAAAUCCUUGAAUCUUUCUCGUUCCUACCGCUGACCGCACCGUCCUGUUACACUUAUACUGUGACAUUCUUAGCUAUCUAUUUUCAGAAGGCCUGAUACGCAAGUAUUUUGUAGAGAUGUGCUUCGUGAAAGGAAACAAAAUUAUAAUAUCGUGCCCGUAGAAGAAUAGAGUUGGAGCAGUGCCACAGCGGAUUGUCAGCGCUAUUUCUCUUUGGCUAAAAAGUAUUAACGGGUCUGUCACCUCUUCAAGUUCUACUGUACAGUACAGACCUGUACAGUUUGAUUUUGAUGAUAACUUUCUGCUACCAAAUUUGGCUCCCUUUUCUUACAUGAGGAUUAACCUUUCUAGUGUGAUGCAGCAGUUAUUUGCAUUCCGGCUUGUAAUUUAGGAUUAAUUGGAUAAGCUAGAGUUCAAAUGAACCACCAGCCUUUGAUCCAUCGACAUUGUUUUCAAUCUAACUAGCGAAAACGAGGCGCAACGCGUGAAGGCACGUUUAAAAGUUUAAAAGUACAGAGAUAAACUUUUAGGGGCUCAUAAAGAGGAUUUUUGCCCAAAAAUGAAAAUGAAUUAAUAACCAUAAUAAGGCAUAGAUUGUGUUUAUCGAAGACAUUUUAACCGUUUUCUGAAAAUGCUGAAAAAAUUUACCUUUUCUUCACUCCCCAGUUUCCUCCUGAAGGAUGGGAAAAUUCCCAGCCAGAGGGUAAACCUACAGUUUGCCAGACGAAAAAACAGAAAAAAAGAAGCGAAAAACAAAACAAGGAAAACAAGCAAUCCUAGAAUUUUUGUAGAAUUCCCGACGAUCUCCAUCUUAUUCUACCACGUAGCACUUACAGAAUGACUACUGAAUGUGAUUAUUUUUGUUUGAGAAAAAUACUAAAGGAAAUUUUCCCUGUCCCGUCUGCAGGAACAGAUAUUUGAAGGAACGUAUCUUUUGAGUGUUUCUGUUCUUUAUUAGAGGCAGUUUUGCUGUCAACGUCUUGAAAGUUGUUUAAGUUCUCUACGGUAUUUAAUCUCAUGAUCGUGAAGAGGGCAGUAAAAAAGUCAAAUGCAUGCACUUAGAAAGGGUAGUAAAAAAUACAUUCCAAAUAGGCAGUUGAAAUAGGCAAGAUGAAUUAAAGGAUUUGUCAAAAGUUUAUCACCUCGAAAUUCAGGUCAUAAUCCUAGAUAUUAGGUAUAAUUCGCACUGUAUAACAAUAAUCAAACUUGUCUUUUUUGCCUGUCUAGAGCUUCGAUUGCUUAAAGCCCAUAGAAACGGAAUCUAUAGGCGUCAAGUUGAUUCAAUCAACGCAACCAGCCCAAAUUCUGUGGAGCUGACGAUGCAUAAAAUCAACAAACUUUUAUCAGAAGGCAAAGUGCAACUUUGCCACUCAAAAGGUGUCACGUGCUCAUUAGCAGGCCCUCCAGGUCCACCUGGACCGAGGGGAGAGAAAGGCGCCCGGGGACGAAGAGGACACAGAGGGAAACCUGGAAACAAAGGAGAUCAAGGCAUCAUGGGAUCACCAGGAAAAAGUGGCAAGCAAGGCAUUAUGGGACCUAUUGGGCUGGCUGGCGAAGCUGGUCCUAAAGGACAAAAAGGAGACAUGGGGCCCGCGGGCAUGUCGGGAUCUAAAGGAGAGCCUGGUGAAUCAAUUUCAGCACCUUCUGUUGCUGUUUCUCCAGGAAGGUCGACUGUAAACGAGAGCGGAUCAGCCAAGUUUAAGUGUUCAGCUACUGGGAAUCCUAGGCCUUCAAUAACAUGGAGUAAGUUGAACAGUCAAUCAAAAAUAAACCAGUCAGCGGUUGCAGGAGGAACUCUGCUCUUAAAGAACUUGAAAGGAAGUGAUGCGGGUGUGUAUAAAUGUUCAGCGGUAAACAUCUUGGGACAGGCGCACGCUGUUGGUCAUUUGGUAGUGAAUGGUGAGUUUAUGGACACAUCGUGUCAAAAGAGCAAAGAAGCACAUUAAAGCACUAUAUAAAUAAAAAAUUUAUUCAUUCUAAAAAAAAAAAACAAAGAAGAAAAGAUCCUGUUAUUUUAGGUAGGGAAGCAAUGGACAGAGUGACGAAACCUUGCAUUGGUAAUUAACUAGUCCAAACGUGAUGUUUGUCAGUUUUAUCCCUACAUUGUCUUCAUGUACUAAAGUGGAUAAGACCACAAUCAUAUAAAAAAGCAAGAGAGGAUAAAGGGGACAGAGAAAGCAUCCCCCAUACACACCCUGUUCCAUAGGUAAUUCGUCUCGAGUUAUUUUUAGAAUCGAGAUAAAGUUACCUCGCGCGCUGCUUGGAUGUGUCGUGAAGGUUCCGCAUGACUAAACGCCGUGCAAAACAUGUCGGCGAAAGGCAAUGAAAGUGUAAAGAGAUCGAGAGCAUUUCUCAACAUUGAAGCGAAAUGAGUCGGGGCUCAAAAGGGAAUCGCUAGACUCUUUGACAACCCGUGAAAUCAGUUUAACUCGAAGUUGUGUACAGUACCGCAAAUGAUCCCCAACCGCAAAUGAUCCCGAGACCGCAAAUGAUUACCAAAAUGGACCGCAAAUCAUCCUCGACCGCAAGUGAUCCCCAAAGUCGACCGCAAAUGAUCCCGAAAGAAAAAUAGGAAUGACUUGGACUCAAGUUAGCUGAUCAUGGUGUCGAUUUUAUUAUUAUUACAAUAAGUCAGGUUAAAAGCUAAAUUUUACUUCUCAAAUAAAUAUAUCUGAAUAAAAACUACAUGAAAAAAAUUAUUCAGGAGUAAAAAGGAAGUAGGUAGGCGACACACGACUUUUACCUCAUGCUAAAAUGCUGCUUGUUCCAAUGACUUUUUUCCGGCUCUGGCGGGUAGAUUAUACCUCUGAAGAAAACGUUUUGACUGAGCAAAUGUCAUUUUUGCUGCUUAUUUCAUAGUGAGAGGUCAUGACACGCAUUUUCUGCGGUUAUUGUUGUUUCUGGUCGGCAUGAUUUGCCCUUUGAUGCAAGAGCAUUUCCUUUGACCUCUUUUGAAAUGCAGUGCUCUUCAUUGCCGCUAAAUAAGGGUUUUAGGUUGUUCAAUUUUCUCCUAAGUGCCUCCUGGAUCCGAAUAAUCAUAAGCGAUUUUCUUUUAGUACGUGAAUGUGACGGUUUCUUACGAUGUUUUGUCACGCUAUAACUACCGCUGACCUGGCUUUGCGUUUCUCAUUACCAGGUUUAGAUUUCUGGUAACUGUCUUCAGCAAAGCACAACAAAUGAAUAUACAUAAAAACGCUAAUAUAACUAUUCACAACACGUUCAUGAGAUGUAAGAAAGUUGCUAUUUCGAAAUAAACCAAAACCUGUGGACAUUGAUAAGUUCGGGGGCAUUUUGACUUGUGUUUAUGUUAAAUCAUGUCUUGUUUCGUAACGGACACCUAAGUUACGAACAAAUGUCUUGCUGUUUAUCACGUAAAAUUAACACUUCAGAGAAAAAUCAAAAUGAAAUAUUCUGGCUGAUUAAUUUCACGCUUUCAAAAAGAUCGGUAAAGUCAAUAAAGCUCUUGUUAGGUAGAGGGUGCCCGGCUUUGUAUUCCUCAAUAGAAAGGUUGAGCUUCUAGGCGUUAAAUAAUUUUUCUGCGUAACGUCCUGCCUGUCUUAAUUUUUUCAGAAGACGAAACAUUCUUGAAAGAAAAUCGACAAAGGAAGAAGUAUACGGUUAAUACCAUACCUUUUCAGAUUUAUUCCAUUUUUUUUUCGCCUUGUAUAAAUUGACCUGAGAUGUAGCGUCCUCCUUCCCUUUUUCUUUAAAAGGCGAGAGAAAAAGGUUUCUUUUUUAUAAUCAGUCCUUUUUCGCAAUCAGUUCCAUAAAAUCCAUUCCAUUCCUCAAGUUUUCACGGGAUCAUUUGCGGUCGACUUUAGGGAUCACUUGCGGUCGAGGAUCAUUUGCGGUCCAUUUUGAGGAUCAUUUGCGGUCUCGGGAUCAUUUGCGGUUGGGGAUCAUUUGCGGUACUGUACAGUUGUCGUAACCUCAGUGCUUUAAUAAAAUGAGAAAUUUCGCCGGUCUACUGAAACCGAUCGUUUGUACAAUAAAGCAAGUAGGACGCCAAGUAUUAUUUUUGUUGAAUAAUAAAAGACUAAUAAAAGAAUAAUAUCAAACCAGAAAUUGCUCUCUUCAAACUGUAAAUUGUAAAUGAUUCUAUCUUAAUUUCCGUUUCGCUGACACAGCUUUAGCAGAAAUCUCUCUUUGGUCGUUUUCGUCGACAAAACAAAUAGCAAUAUCGCUCUCCUCGUCUUCUGCCAUUUUUUUCUGCGUCAAUUCGUGAAGGACGCGUGGCUCUGAGCGUGGGUCAACCACGCGGAACACAUUCGCGCUACGUGAUUGGCUGUUGUCUAAUCCCCCCUGGGAUCUAUGGUCUUAAAAAUAACUCGAGACAAAUUACCUAUGGAAUAGGGUGUGUAUGGGGGAUGUGUUCUCUGUCCCCUUUAUCCUCUCUUGAGAAAAGGUAAAGUCGGCUGGUCGGUCGUUUGGCAAAAAAAAAAACUAAAACAACUAAAAGGGCAAAGAACACAACAAGGUGAGGGAUACAGAUGUUUAAACAGCCUCACGAUCAAUAGUUUGUUUUGAAGAAAUCCUUGUUAAUGUUUCAGUUACUAUUAGCAUGUAACGAAAACUGACUGCGGCGGGACGUCACUCACUACUCUUGCACGAAGCACGUCUUUAUACCAAGUCAAUAAUGCCAACGUGUAUUUGAUUGUGAAGUAUGCACUCGAACCUCUUCUAAUGGCAUCCUCUCUAAAACGGCCACUUGUUUUAUCUUGGCGGACAGUCCAUAAAAUGGCUUUUGUUCAAACCUCUCUACAACGGCAAGGGCCAUUACAGCGCGUGCGUCCCCAACUGUCGAAAUAAUCUUUCACUCAACAACGGCCAGAUUUUUUCAGCAACUGAUGAAAACAUCAAGUUUCGUCUCGUAGAUUUUUAAUUGCGGCAAUUCUUUCACUUCAAUACUAUUUUUUUGUGCGAAUUCAUUUUUAGAACAUACUUAAAAUAUGUAUAUAUCUCAGGCUGAGAAUCAGAACAUUUUUUGUUUUGCUCAUUUUUUAGACUCCCAGUACUAGUCACUAAUUUAGGCCGUUUUUUUCCGGCGAAUACCUCGCUAGUUUUUGUUUUGAUUGGAUCACCAUUUAAAGCUACAGUAAGUCUGUAAUUGGCACAAUGAACAUGUUUUACUCCCCGAAAAAAGGUGUCACAUUACAUUCCUUCUGUCCCAAAGGUAGCCGUUGUGGAAAGGUUCAAGUUUUAUCCACUGCUGCAGGUAUUCCUAACUAGUUUCUACGUGCAUACUACUUCGAUAUUUCAUUACAGUUAAACUUUACUGAAGUUAUUUUCUAGAUAUUUGACCAUUUACUUGACGCUAGUGCAAGGAAACGGGAAACCUUAAGGCCGAUUUAGACGGUACAAUUUUUGCUUUCGACUAUCGUGCACGACUAGCAUACGUCAAGACUUUCGACCAUUCACACGUGCACAAUUUUCACCUACGACAUCCGCAAUGUGUUGUACCAAUGUCGUGGGUCUAGUUUACGCGAUAUGAUCGGUCGUGAAGUCAUAAUGCAUUCUAGUCGUGCAUAGCUUGCGGUGCAGUCGUCCCACGUAUCGCGUAUAAAUAUAUAGUCGUAAGCAAAAAUCGUACCGUCUAAAUCGGUCUUUAUAGAUAUUCACGUAAAAGUGUCGUCGUAACAUGAAAUUCUUUCGUUUUGCAGUUCGUCCUUCCAUAUCUCUUAAUCCGGGACCGUUUUACGUCGUUGAAGGAAGUAAUGUAACUCUGCCAGUUUGCCACGUAACUGGCUAUCCUACGCCACUGGUCACAUGGAGUAAGUCAUUUGGUCGACUACCAAAAAGGAGGGUACACAGUAACAACAGUGCCAUCCAACUGCUUGGAGUUCGUAAGGAUGAUUCUGAUAACUACCUCUGCACUGCAACUAACUUGUUAGGAACUGUGGUCAAACGAACUGUCUUAGUUGUGAUCUCCCUCCCUCGGUUUGCUGUGAAGCCACCAGCGAAAGUUACUGUGUUGAUUGGCGAAACGUUAACUUUGAAUUGCAGCGCUACUGGCGACCCUGAACCAAUCAUGAACUGGAAGAAGCAAGAAGCUCAACUCCCAGUCGGUCGUAGCCAGCAGAUUAAUGGUGGGUUAUUUAUCAGAAACGUUAAAAAGGAAGAUGCAGGGAAUUACAUUUGUGCUGCAACAAGUGCAGGGGUGUUUGACGUGGAAACUGUCACCGCUGUCGAUGUUCUGCUUCCUAAAGGUAAACGAGGAUACCGUUUAUUACCAGAACUAGUUUGAGAUACACUCAUUCUUUUCAAGGAAUUAUUACGUUAGUUGCAGUCUAUAUACAUUUUAGUACGUACCAGCAAGCGUGUUAAAAAUUAAAACCGGGCGGGAGCCUCACAUACCCUGAACUUUUGGCGUAAUACAAUAUUUUAAAUGUGUCUAAGAAAAAACGAACAGCUACUAAACAAAGGUGGUUCUUUCCAAACCUUUUUUGGAGUCCUUUUUAAGGGGUAAUCGUUUAUUAAGAAAUACCCACCAGACUAUCCAUUACUGCAUUUAAUCUAAUUAACAUGGAAGGAUUGUUGCGGAUUGGUGAGUUGGAAGCAAGGGAAGCGGCCCAAAAGUUUUGUUCUAGGGUUUUAACUGACCGUGAUCAUGACCUUGCAUUAUAAUAUAAGGAUAAAAAUACAGCGAAACCUCUAUUAAGCGGACCCCCAAUUAAGCGGACAACCUCUAUUAAGCGGACACUAAGCCGGGCCCGAAACGAAAGUCAGAUAUUUCCCUUUAUAACGAGCCCCUAUUCAGUGGACACCUCUAUUAAGCGGACGCGGACACUAAAAUAAGUUGCAUUUGGCUAAUUUUUCUUGUUAAAAACCUCUAUUAAGCGAACACCGGACUGAAUUGACAAUAGUAGUAUUGAAUUACGUCCUUGAAAUACGUACUGAAGUCAGUUAAUGUUUUUGCAUUUACAAACAAAUUAAAGUUGGUAUAUGACAGGUAAUGAACUUGAACUCUGGAUAGCUUCUUUAACAAUAUGCAACUUAAUAACAGUACAGAGUAACAGUUGAAUGUUGAUCCUUAACAAACAUUGGGCGAAGGUGUCCGCUUAAUAGAGGUUUCACUGUAUAUAUAAAAAUUCAGGUAACUAAAUCAGCAUUAUUCUCAUAAUUGUAAUUGUGAUUGUAAUUUUUUGUUAACCUCAAGUCUGUGCAGUGAUUCAUUUCAUUCGUUAACACGUUUCUUAGUCUCUUCUGUUAUAAAUAAGUACUUUAAGAAUCACCUCUGUUUGAUAGAGCAUUUCUCAUUUUUUCCCUCCAAGAUUGCUCUGAUCUCUUGAAGUCAGGCUUUACUCGGAAUGGAGUAUACUCCGUAAAUCCGGAUGGAAGAGGAUCCUUUAAUGUAUAUUGUGACAUGCGCACUGAUGGUGGAGGUUGGACCGUGUUCCAGAGAAGAAAAGAUGGCACGGUAGACUUCUAUCGCGGCUGGAAUGACUAUAAAUCAGGCUUUGGUCAGUUGACGGCUGAGUUCUGGUUAGGAAACGAUAAGAUCCACAGGCUGACAGCAGCUAGACCCAGCACUCUGCGAGUGGAGCUAGAGGACUGGAACGGAGUUAGAGUGUACGCCAAAUAUGGCAAGUUUAACAUUGGUGAUGAGCAGGCGAAGUAUCGACUUGAAGUGGGUUCAUAUUCAGGAACAGCGGGAGAUUCGUUAGCAUAUCAUAAUAAGAUGGCGUUUAGCACAAAAGACAGAGAUAAUAACAUUGACUCUCGUAACUGUGCUGUGGAAUACAACGGUGCCUGGUGGUACAAGAGUUGCUUCGAUUCCAAUUUAAAUGGAAAUUACCUGGGAAACAAACACGAUUACCGCGGAGCCCGGUGGGAGCACUUCAGAAGUGGUCUUUCACUUAAAUUCACUGAAAUGAAACUGAGGCCGUCAUCUUAGAAUGAAAACAAGUAACAGGACUAGUUUAGCCUUUUCAUUCUGUUUAUUUUUUUUAACAGCUGAUUUCAGUGCUGUGUAUACACCCGGAUUUAUAGUAGCCAGCGAGCAAGCUCUCCAUUUGGGGAUAUCGUGAAAAGUAGACGCGCGAGAGGCUUGCGAGCGGAGACGCGAAAGUGGGGGGCUUGAGAACUUUAACAUGGCAAACUAUUCCAACUGUCAUUUCUUUCGAUUUACAAUCCCACCGACCCCAUUGGAUUCUCCAGUUUCUCGCCCAAGUCCUUAUCUUUUUCAGAGCGCUAGUGUGCAGAACUAUUUACCACAUUACAACCCAUCACAAGUAGUUCCACUACCAUUCAAGCCUCAUCCGUCUCCCUCUACAAGGAGCGAGACAUAAGCCUCAUUCACUAAAUAGAACUCAUUCUCCUUCGCAAAAAUAAGGCGAGAAUAAUCACAAGAGAACUUGAAGUGGCGCGCUUUUGCUAUUUUAAUCCAGUGAGUUAGCGGCCUAGAUUGCUUGUUAAAUUUCACAGUGAAGACAGUUUUUUAAAACUAGUAAAAGUCGGUCGGUAAACAAAACCCUACAAUUAAUGAAUGUUCAGCCACUAAAACGGCCUAGAGAAAACACAGUCGAUAACAGUGAUUACGAGCGUAAGGGAACUGUUUUCCUUUUUUUAGCCUCCGAUUAAAAGUUCCUUGUUUAAUAUAUGUUAGAGGAAAUUACGAAAUGUGACCAUCGCUAAAUCAUGUUUUUUUUUUCGCUUGGAUGUAAAGCCGUUAAGCAGCCUUAACUAAGACUAAAAUUUUGUCCCUUUAUAAGAAAACUUGUCAACUAGUAAUAUAAGAUAAUUACAACUUCUUUUAAAAAACUUAUUGUGGCUCGUCACAAAAAAACGCCCGUAUUACUUGAUAUCAUUUUCAAUAGAGGGAUGAACGUUUCUGUUUAGUUUGUCGAAAAUAGUUAUAUACAUACCUUGGGUACUUACCUUUUACAUGGAAAAACCGGAAAUUCCAGUUUGAAAAUCAAAUUGUUCGCGCCAUUCCUUUUGGGAAAAUAUGGGCUGGAUUUGUGGCGAUGCAGUUUUCCUGCUCUUUUUAGCCUGUUCAGCUCAAUUGGAUAUACUUAGUAGUAGGACGUUCUUCCACCAAGUCAAAUUUUAAAGCUUUAUAUAUGUUUAUGCACAAGAUUUCCACCCGAGUGGUUUGUUUAAAUGGUGAGAUCCCCCUGUAAUACUUCUUAGCCUAUUCAGAGAUUAUACGAAAAGGACAAACAUGGUUGUUAAUUAACAAUUAAUGAAUGAGGCUG